GUAAGGAGUAAAAGUAAAAAGAGAGUCUCCUUUGCGGAUGCCAAAGGCCUGAGUCUGGUGCUGGUCAAGGAGUUCGCUAAAUGGGACGUGCCCAAAUUACCGGGAUACGAUCCCCCGGAGGGCGAAGGUGUGGACCUGGAGGAGUUCCACAUCUCACCUUCGACCUUUUCCCUCCCGUGGCCGAUGGAGGAGCUGUUCGCUCAAGUCCUACGGCAGAAAGUAGAGCUGGAAAACAUCGAGUUGCUUCCCGGGACUACGAUAUUGAAAGGAGUGAUCCGCGUCCUCAACGUCUCCUUCGACAAAGCCGUGUACAUCAGGACCAGUCUGGACAAAUGGAGCACGCACUUUGACCUCCUGGCGGAGUACGUGCCCGGCUCCAGUGAUGGGGUGACGGACUGCUUCUCGUUUAAACUCACCCUGGUGCCGCCGUUCGGGCAGCAGGGGGCCCGAGUGGACUUCUGCCUGAGGUAUGAAACCCCCGCGGGGACGUUCUGGUCUAACAAUAACAGCAGGAACUAUGUGGUCUUCUGUCACCACGGACAGAAAGACAGACCGCAGAGGGACGGUGUGAACAAGAAGAGCUGCCUGAAGACCAGCAGCCAGCACUUCUCCACUGCUGACGACGCUUCAUCGCAGGAUAAUAUGUCAACAGAUGAGUCUAACGUGGGGCUGGAAGUGGAUUCCAGGAAAGCUCAGCAAAGCUCUGCCGGUCAGCCAGAAGCAUCGGAGCAACGGCAGCAGAAAUCCCUGGUGGAGGAGAAGCAGAACAGCAGCCGAAGACGGCGCAGGAAGGCUGCACGGAUGUCCAAAGUGAAGGAUCACUUUUCUCAGAGAGAUGGAGGAGAAAAUGACGCAGGCAGAGAUGAAACGCCCGCAGAAAUAAAACAGCCGACUCAGCAGGGAAAACCAGGGGAGGAACAUGCACAUGACGACACGUGUAGCACGGAGCCCGAGACAUCUGAGCCGCUCGGAUUAGUGGAAGUUCAAAUCCAAGACACGCCGCUCCAUUCAGCUGAUCGCUCUGCAGAAAAGCAAAACAUCACAUCACCUGUGGCCCAGAGUGAGGAUGAGAAUCCAGACGUGAGUUAUGAAAGCAGCGAGCGCUCGGAGGCGGCGGGGGCCGAAGGCCCGGCCGGCCAGACCGGCAGCUUCACGUUCGGGACGGUGGUGGCGCCGCUGUAUCGUCAGGUGUCUGGGAAACCGGGAGGGGAGAGUCCCAACGCCCGUGACGAGGAAAACCCUCAUCCCUCUGAGAGGAGACGGGCCGGCCGCCGUGUUUCAAGAAGAAAAAGUAACGACGUCCAGAGCGACAAGGCGGCCGAUCAGGAAUUAAACCACAAACAUCUGGAGGUCACGCUGGACAAUCCCUCCUCUGAGGAAGAAGAGACGAGCGUGGCGAUGAAUAAUGUUAUGGAUCCUGCAAGUUUUAAUUCACCUCUUCCGGGACGUCUCAACAGAGAAGAUGUUUCAUCACAUACGGAUUGGUUAAAUCCACAAAUAACCGACGACGGUCUUCACCUCCAGGGACACGCAUGGAAGGAAGAUCUGACCUUUGACCUCCCCGGCCAAACCACAGCUAAAUCUCAAUCCCAGACUGUAACUAACAAUGAUGAGAAUCAUGCACAGAGUGGAAUUCAAGCUGUUGUCAAACCUUCUCUGACUGUGUCGGAGCAUUUUACCGACAGCGAGGAAGAGAGCGGUCGUAACGGCGCCGAGGCGAACCCUGACCGGGACCGCUGUGAGACUGAGACCGCGUUAAAAAACAGCACAAAGGAGGAGGAGGAGACGCUGCUGGAGGUGACGGACGAGCCGAAUCAAACCGAUGAUCCAGCUACAAACAGUAAUGAUGUCGUAAUGCUUGAAUACUCUCCGGAAACUCGUGAAGAAUCUGAAGCUGUGACGAGAAAACGACAUCCUGCUGACGCGUCGGAGGAGAUGGACCACCAUGAGGUGGAAGCUGGUGUCUCAAAGGAGGAUGAGGAUUUCUAUUUAGCAGACAUUAACGAGGUGAAAAACUGGGAAAUGAUGGUUGAGGAAGAGGAAAAUGACGUAUUAACAAAUAAAGAAGAGCCUGAGAUUAUAAAUUCAAAUGGAGAGGACACUGGAGCAGCGUCAGGGGAAGAAGAAGAAGAAGAAACUGUAGAGGAUGUUGUGGAGGAGAUGAUAGCUGCAGAUGUGAAACAUGAAGAGGUGGACAAUGAUGUGGGGUUGGAGGACAAGGAUUGGACAAGGGAGGAUGAAAGUGAAGAGACAGAAGCUCCAAAAGUCAUGAAGCCUGAAGUCACAAAGGUGGAAAAUACAGAUGGAGCAGAAGACAGAGUUGUAGAGAAGACAGAGGGACCAGGGGAGGCAGAGUCGUUUAUGGAGAUACAAAUCACCGGCGUUCAGGAGGAGGGGAGGAUGGAAGAGGAGGAAAAAAGGAGAAUAAAUCUGAAUGCUGGUGUAGAGCGACAGAGCCAGGCGAAGGCGAAGGACGAAGAGGAGCAGAAUUCAGAUCAGACGGAGGGAAAGCGUGACGAUGAGGCGGAUGAGGGUGAUGAUAUCGUGGUUGGGGACUCGUGCGUGGCCGUCGAGGAGAGAGAAGACCGAGCCGGGUCGUUUAAAGACGAGUCAGACGCUACUCAAAGCGAGGUCGAGGGUAGUUCGUCGGCCCCAGAUCGGUGCACGGAGGACGGUUUUCAGAGCUCGGAGGGCGUCGCAACGAACGAACCCGAGGGCGAACUCCUGGGACACGACAGCUCCUCGGCCGAGUCCGACUCGGACGACGAGGUGGAGCUGUACAUGCACUGCCUGAGGGCCGCCGGUGCAUCCGCCCAAAAGGCGCGGAGCAGAGACGCAGCUUUCUCUGGGAGCAAACGGCCCUCCAUAAGCAGAAGCAAGCCGCCGCCGGCAUCCAUGCCUCGCAUCUCCGAGUCCCUGGAUGAAGACCGGCCCUCGUGCAGCCCUCAGGAGACCCGCGAGGACGUGACGGCCGUCGCUGGAGCUGCUGGAGCUGCUGGAACCGCCGUUGCCGCUGAAGCCGCCGCCGCCGCUGAAGCCGCCCCUGCUGCGUCCAGCAGACCCUGCAGCCAAAACGCUGCAUGGGAAACAACAUCCGACACAUGCCGAGCCCCCGGUGUAAACCCGGCAGACCUCGUGUAG